AUGUUUGACCAAUAAUUUGUGGAACAUCGUAAGUCAAAGUAGGAGCAAGUAGUAAAUACGAAAUCUCGACAUUUGAUUGUGAUGAAUUAAUUAAAGAAGAAAGAAGAAAAUUGGAAUAAUAGAUUUUAUGUUUAAAAUUAAAAUAAAAAUGAAUCCGUGGAAAAAUAGAAACCCAAGUAUUUCAAUAAUGCAGCAAAAUUAAUCGAAGUUCAAGAUUAUUACAAUAUCCCUGAGUUUCAUAGAUAGUUGUUUUUGAUGUGUCUGCAAACACUACCAAAAAACACUCAAGCAAUUCAAUUCGAAAUAGAAGAAAUGCAACAAAAGAAAUCUCAUAUAUAAGUAUUAGAAUACCUAAUAAAUAAGCUAUGCAUGCAAGCUGUGGAAGCAAGAGAAAAGUGUUUAGCAUUUCUGAUUAAUCACAUCCAAUAAUUCUAGGAUUGUCCUGGAGAUGAACAACUAUUGCAAAAAAGUGCUGAAUUAAUAACACAUUUAAGGAUUCUCUCAAUCAAUGUAGUAGAACAAAUCCUUGGUUGGAGACAAUACCUAAUGAAAUUCUUGGUCAAUAUCCAUUCCCAUGAGAGCAUCUCGCUUCCAUAUCUAUAUCAAAGAGAAAACUAUUUGAUCAAGAUGAGAAAGGACAUUUCAUACAUCACAAACUCAAUUCUAUCUAACUAUUAUCAAUUUUCAGUUAAACCUGAUCCCUUCUUUGUUGCCAUUACAAAACCAGCCGAAGAUUCAAGUAAGAUUGUCCAAUUCAUAUCCAAACCUCUCUUAAAAAGAAUAAAAAAUUGUGAAGUAAUAAUAUAAGAAGAGACUUCAUCAAUUGCUAAGGAUGAUAAAUCAAUAUACAAUCAAGCAAACUCCAGAGAUCAAAUUAAAAUGAGUCCAGAAAAACCAAUCCAACCAGGACGAAUAAGACCUCCUAAAAGAUAGGAAUAAAGUUAAAAUCAAAAAAGAAUAAUAUAUAAAUAACAUGAUCAAAAUGAAAUCAUUAGCACUAUUCCAAAAGUUGUUAUAGCAAGAUAGCCAAAUAAGUAAGGAAGUGCUACACCUUAGAAAUAAAACUCAAUUAAAGUGACAACCAAUAAUGAUUCCAAUAACAAGUAACAUGCAUAAGUAAGUCUUCCAUUAUCUGAACAAAAACAUUAAAAUUCUCUUCAUACAGCUGGACCUAUUGCUGAUCAAUAAAAUGGAAUUCCAGAAGAGGAUGAUACAUUGAAAGUAAAAAAAUGCAAAUUGACUGAUGAAAAAGUUAUAGAUCAUUUAAAUAAUAUUAAUGAGGAUUUCAAAAAGUCAUGGAGAGGAGAAAUUCAACUGAUGCAAAAUCAAUAUAAUCAAUAAGAUGAUAGCUUCUGUUUAGGAAUAUAUCAAAAAUCCUAGUUGAUGGCUUUGGGAUAGUGUUAUCUAGAUCAGUCUUUAUAAGAAAGAAGAAUAGUGUUAAGUCACUUUUCAACGGUAGAUCCCCAAUAAUUUCAGGAGUUGCUUAAAGUUAUUAUCUAAUUUAUUUGGGAAAUUGAUCCUUGCCAAGAGAUAAGAAUGGCAUUAUAUCAUUACAAUUAGAAUGAUUCAUUCUAAGCUAAUAAAGAAAUUACAACCAAAUUGAAAGAAUUGGGAUUCAAGUGGAAAGUUGUGUAAAGUGUUAAUUCAGAAACAAGAUUCACAGUUAUGGCCAUUAGAAGACCUUCUGACAUAGAUCAACCUAAAUAGUUCGAUCCCAUAUUCUUAUAACAUCUUUACCUUACUUGUGAUAGCAAUACAAUAUAAAAUACAGAUGCAUUUACAUCUUUGUAUUGUCUGACCACUCUGAAUACAAAGAUAGAUCUGGAUAAUGAGACAAUUAGUUCGCACAAGGACAAUCUCAUAAAGACUGAAUUUGGAUUUAGGGGGAUUAAACUGCAAGAACAUUCAAGUGAUGACUUUAAUGCCUACAUUAAAUAGUACUUUGAGGGUUUUGAAUAACUGAACCUAUCCAAUUCUGAGGUUUCACUUUCAUCAGAUAAAGUCAUUAGCAGCUUUUGCAAAGAGUGUUUUAAAUGGGCGAAAUGCAGAUUGGCAUAACAUCAAAGACUCAUUUAUAAUGGAUUUCCAUCUGUGUCUAACGCUGAGACUGCGAAGGUUUUCAUGUCUGAUUCUGGAAACCUUAAAGUUUACUUGAUAUCCUCUGAUUAAAGUAGUACAAGCAUUUUUGUAUUUGAAUAUAAUGAGGAGAUCACUAUGUAGAAAGUACAAUCAAUUUUAAACCAAUGUGGAGUACAAGUACCAAUAGAUUAGAAUCUUUAUGUCCCCCAAUUCAUAGUGAAUAGUAAGGUUAGGUUUUCAGACAAUGUAAUUGGAUUAGGGAGAUUUAGUACUUAGUACAGACCUAAGAUGGUUGAUGUCUAAAAUGCGGAAGGUUAUAUUAUCAAACCUCCAUUUGUAUUUGGGAUAUUGAACGAGGACUUCAAUGAGAUCACGGGAAUGCCCAAUUUGUUUUUUAAAGUUUAGGAUACUCACUGUAUCUAACUAUGA